GAGCUCAUUGUUGUGGAGCGUCUUAAAGGGGCCGCAUCGCGGGGCCGGCCCGGAGGCAGCGGCGGGGGAUCUGCGCAGCGAGAGCGGCCCGGGCCCGAGGAGACCCCCCCCCCCGGCCCCCCAGGGCGGGACCCGCCGAGCUCCGGACCCGGCGGGCGGGGCCCCGGCGAGCCGCCCGGGCGAGCCCGGGGAUCGAGCCCGAGCGCUGGGCCGCGGGGAGCCCGAGCCCGCCCGAGCCCAUGGAGCACCCGGCCGCCAAGCGGCGCUGCGGCCCCCCCGGGGGCGGGGGGCGGCCCGAGAGGCCCGGACUCGGGGCCGCCGCGGAGGGCGGCGGCGGCGGCCGGCCCGAGACGCUGCUGGAUCUCAGCGCCAAGCGGGUGGCGGAGACGUGGGCCUUCGAGCAGGUGGAGGAGCGAUUCUCCCGCGUCCCGGAGCCUGUGCAGAAGCGCAUCGUGUUCUGGUCCUUCCCACGCAGCGAGCGCGAGAUCUGCAUGUACUCGUCCCUCGGCGGCCACCCCCCUGAAGGCGAGCGCGACUCCCGGGUGCCCUUCAACCGCGGCCUGCACCUGCUGCAAUCUGGGGCUGUCGACCGGGUGCUGCAAGUGGGCUUCCACCUGAGUGGGAAUGUCACGGAGCCGGCCGGCCCCAGCGAGCCGGAGCGGAGCUUCCACGUCUCCAUCAGCUUUGACCGGUGCAAGAUCACGUCGGUGAGCUGCGCCUGCGGCAGCCGGGACAUCUUCUACUGCGCCCACGUGGUGGCGCUUUCUCUCUGCCGCAUCCGCAACGCCCGGCAGGUGGAACUGCGUCUGCCCAUCUCCGAGACCCUCUCCCAGAUGAACCGCGACCAGCUGCAGAAGUUCGUGCAGUACCUGAUCAGCGCCCACCACACCGAGGUGCUGCCCACCGCCCAGCGGCUGGCCGACGAGAUCCUCCUGCUGGGCUCCGAGAUCAACCGCGUGCACGGCGCCCCAGACCCCACGGCUGGCGCCGGCAUCGAGGACGCCAAUUGCUGGCACCUGGACGAGGAGCAGAUCCAGGAGCAGGUCAGGCAGCUCCUGUCCAACGGCGGCUACUACGGGGCCAGCAAGCAGCUGCAGUCCAUGUUCAACAAGGUGCGUGAGAUGCUGCGGAUGCGGGACUCCAACGGCGCCCGCAUGCUGAUCCUGAUGACGGAGCAGUUCCUGGAGGACCCGCGCCUGGCCCUGUGGAGGCAGCAGGGAGCCGGCAUGACGGACAAGUGCCGGCAGCUGUGGGACGAGCUGGGGGCCCUGUGGGUAUGUGUGGUCCUGAACCCCCAUUGCAAGCCGGAGGAGCGUGCCCUGUGGCUGGCACUGCUGAAGAAGUGGAACAAGCUGGAUGUCUGCCCCUUGGAGGAGGGCAACUAUUCCUUCGAUGUGCCUGGAGCCACCGUGGCCCUGCAGCCCCCCUCGGUCCCCAGUGCAGCGGCCGCCCGCCAGACCGUCUUCGGCCGCGCCAUCAAGGCCGGGGAGCUGCGCUGGGGCGACUGCCACCUGCAGAAGAUCCUCAGCAGCGAGGGCUACGGCCUGGGCAUGAAGACGGGAGGCGACAAGCUCUGCUUCGACCCCCAGGGCCGCCCGCUCUGGCUGGGCGACCCCUUCCCCACAGCCUGCGCCCGCGUGGACGCCCUGCGCUCCCACGGCUACCCCCGAGAGGCCCUGCGCCUGGCCACCGCCCUCGGCACCACCAUGCGCCUCCAACGGCGCCACCAGCUGGAGAGCUACGAGCAGCAGAAGAAAGAGAUAUUGCAGAAGGGCAGCACGUCCAUCACCAACCUGGAGGGCUGGGUGGGCCACCCCCUGGACCCCAUCGGCUGCCUGUGUCGGACCCUCCUGGAGCCCUGCCGCACGGACCACGAGGGGCUGUCGCUCUGUCCAGACGUGGCGGCGGAGGGGAAGAAGAAGGUGCUGUACCAGCAUGUGCCCAUCCCCUGCAGCCCCGGCUCGGGCACGUCGUACCUGACGCUGGCACUGGAGGUGGCGGUGGCGGGGCUGGGGCAGCAGCGGGCCCUGCCCGAGGGGCUCCACGCCCAGGACAAGGUGGUGCGGCGCGAGGAGCAGCUCGUCGCCCUGCUGGACGAGAUGGAGCUGGACGAGAGGCUGGUGCAGGUUCUGCGCAAGCAGGCCACGCUGCUCCUGGCAGGCGGCCCGUUCAGCGGCUUCGGGGAGGUGGUGUUCCGGGAGAGCGUGCCCAUGCACACCUUCGCUCGCUACCUCUUCGCCGCCCUGCUGCCCCACGACGCCGACCUGGCCUAUCGCCUGGCCCUGAGAGCCAUGAGGCUCCCCGUGCUGGAGACGGUGAUGCCGGCCGGGGACAUCCUGCACCAGAACCCGCUGGACUCCAUGAUGGCCAAUCGCUUCCCCCGCUGGUUCAUCCUGGGCCACCUGGAGACGCGCCAGUGUGAGCUGGCAUCGGCCAUGCUCACCGCAGCCAAAGGAGACCCCAAGUGGCUACACACGGUCCUGGGGUCCAUCCAGCAGAACAUCCACUCCCCCGCCCUCCUGUUCAAACUGGCCCAGGAUGCCUGUAAGACUGCAACACCGGCCAGCGCCCCGCCGGACUCCACGCUGCUCAACAUCUCCCUGGAGCUCGGCCUGCAGGUGAUGCGGAUGACUCUGAACACCAUGACCUGGCGCCGGAGAGAGAUGGUGCGCUGGCUGGUGAGCUGUGCCACCGAGAUCGGUGUGCAGGCUCUGAUGAACAUCAUGCAGAAUUGGUACAGCCUCUUCACCCCCAUCGAAGCCACCACCAUCGUGGCCGUGACGGGCACCACCCCGGCCACCCUGCUGCGCCUCAACCUGGCCUUCGGGCAGCGGGACGAGCUGUGGGCCCGGGCCCGGGCCGUGGCCCUGCAGUGUGCCAUGAAGGACCCUCAGAACUGCUCGCUGCCUGCCCUGACCCUGUGCGAGAAGGACCACGCUGCCUUCGAGGCCGCCUACCAGAUCGUGCUGGACUCGGCUGCCACGGCCGGCAUGGGCCACUCCCACCUCUUCACCGUGGCCCGGUACAUGGAGCACCGGGGGCUCCCCCUCCGUGCCUACAAACUGGCCACCCUGGCCUUCUCCCACCUCAGCAUCGCCUUCAACCAGGACACGCACCCGGCCGUCAACGACGUGCUCUGGGCCUGCUCGCUCAGCCACUCGCUGGGCAAGAGCCAGCUCUCGGCCAUCGUGCCCCUCAUCAUCCAGAGCGUGCAGUGCGCCCCCAUGCUCUCCGACAUCCUGCGUCGCUGGAGCCUGCCCCCGCCCGGCCUGGCCGCCCUCUCGGGCCGCCGCCACGCCGCCAAGCCCCCCGCCGCCCCCGGCCUGGACAAAGCCCCCCUGUGCCAGCUGCUGGAGGCGGCCAUCGCCGCCUACGUCAGCACCACCCACUCCCGCCUCACCCACAUCAGCCCCCGCCACUACAGCGAGUUCAUCGAGUUCCUGUGCAAGGCCCGCGAGACCUUCCUGCUUGCCCCCGACGGGCACCUGCAGUUCGGCCAGUUCCUCGACAACCUCAAACAGACCUACAAGGGCAAGAAGAAACUCAUGCUCCUGGUGCGGGAGCGAUUUGGCUAGGGGGCGGGGCCACAGGCUGAUCCCUCCCCCUUGGGGGGGGCCACAGGCUGAUCCUCCCCCUGCCUUGGGAAAGGAGUGGCUCAGGUGGGGGGGGUCUAUGGAUUCAGCUGGAGAACCCCCACAUUGCUGCCCCCUGAGGGUGACAGUUGGUUUGACAUAGGGCCCCCCUAUCAUUCAGUUCAGGGGAGCCCUUGGCCAGGGGCCCCAUCUGAACGGGGGUGCCUAGGCCAGGACCUGGUCAAUGGGGGGACUCUAUACCCGUUUGAAGGACCCCGUUUCUCUCCAGUGUUCAAUUUAUAUUGGGGGGGGGCGGACUCAUGGUGGGGUUGUAGGAGUCGCAGAUUUCAGUAUUACCGCUGGACGGCUGUGGCUACCAGCCGUCUGUCUUGAAGGAUCAUCUGUGAGAGCCGAGCGGGGGGGUCGGAGCUGGGCAGAAGCGGCUGGGGGUGGGGGCCGGCCUGGGUGUGAUGCACAGAAUGGGGGGUGGCUGGGGCCCUGGAGCUGGGCUCGGCGGCUGCUGCGAGACGCGUGCGAUUUCAGCCAGCACCUGGGCGGCACUGCUGGUUUCCUGCCACUUUUGAGCCAGGUGGGGGAUCCAUAAUCCUUGGAAAUCAGCCCUGUCUCCACCCCAGCUCUCCCUCCGUCCGCACCACUUUUGUCCAUAAAUUCCCCCUCCGGAAUUUGAACCCGUGACAGCAGAAGACCACACCUGACCUGCCCAGUCCCCCCAGCGGUGAAGUGGGGGGAAGCAGGGCAGGGGCCACGCCAAUAGCGGAUUUGUUUCCCCUGCUGGCGUCUUGCAAGUGCGAGGAGCCGAAGCUGUAACCCCGGGGAGGGGCCAGGCCCUCAGCUCCUUUAGCCCCACCUGUUCCCAGCCUUUUGAAGGGCUAAAUGACCCCUUGGGAGGUGGCCCCGGUCGCUGUCUCUGAGGGUGGAUGGACCAGCCCAGCAGGAGCCAGGAAGCCAGAGGGGACCUGGGUUUUCCUGCAGUGCCCCUUCCCGUGGUAUCUGAGCGGGUCAGAUCUGGCUCCGUGGCAAGAAGGGAGCCGGCCCAGUCGUCAUCCAGAGCUGGGAGAGGCCAGGGGAGACCAAGCUGCAGGGCCCGUUUGCCCUUGGUUCUAGCCUGGCCGUUCCCGCCCUACCUCCCAAAAAUGUCUCCAGGAACCAGUGGCUCUGGCCCUGGGCCCAGCACCUGCAACCUCCGAGCUCUUGGGCUGCCUCUUGCCCAGCAUGGGGCACCCGGCCGAGGGGGACAAUCGCCCGCCUGCCAGCCUGGUGGAUUUCCUGCAGUUCUUCAGUUCCUUUCCAGCUGGGGGGGCAGUUCUUUCCAGUUGAAUAUUUAGGGACCAACACCCCCCCUGUUAUCUCUGGUCCUGUCUGUCCCCUGUUCUCUUCUCACCCCCCCCCCCCGACUAUUUCUGCUCCAACCCCGGGGGGAAGGAAGAUGUAGAUGAAUCCAGGACCCAGCUCUGAGGGGGUGGUAAGCUAAAUCGAUCCCAGUAAAGAAGGGGGGGGGGCCCUGAUCCAGCCUGUAUUGCGCCCGUGUGGCUGGGGGUGCGAUCGGUUCUGCAGACACCCCCAAGUGAAGGAGUCCUAAUCUGGUCUCUCCCAGCACAAGGCUCCGGGCAGGGGGCCGAAUGCUUUCCUGGUUCGUAGCUCAUACCUCAAACCCUCCCCCUGCUUCAGGCCAGAACAAGACUCCUAGGAGGGUUUUUUGUUUCUUUUUCUACCCUGGGGGGGGGGGGGGG